GUAGAGAGUAUAACUGAGUUCAUCAUAUUCUGAAACAAAAGAAAUUCAUCAAUCUGAUUAAAAAGGAAGCAAAAUUAAUGGAGAUACCAGAAGUUUCAAAUAUAGGUUCUUCUUUAUCUGUACCUAAUGUUCAGGAAAUGGCGAAACAACCGCUUGCUGAAGUCCCAGCUCGAUACUUACGCAUUGAUCAGGACCCGUCGGCUAAUGUCGUAUCUAGUUCAUCUAAAACGGUACCUGUAAUCGAUUUGCAGAAAUUACUAUCUACAGAACCCAUCAUUGCAGAGGCAGAAUUGGAGAGGCUUCACUCUGCUUGCAAAGAAUGGGGUUUCUUUCAGGUGGUAAACCAUGGUGUUGACAUAUCGGUGGUGGAGAAAAUAAAAUCAGAAGUUCACGAUUUCUUCAAUAUCCCAAUGGAGGAGAAAAAGCCAUUUUGGCAGGAAGAAGGAGAUCUAGAAGGAUUUGGACAAGUAUUUAUUACAUCAGAAGACCAGCAGCUUGAUUGGGGAGAUAUGUUUUUCAUGGUCACUCUUCCCAAACAUAUGAGAAAGCCUCGGCUAUUUCCCAAACUGCCUAUACCUCUAAGGGAGACAGUAGAAUCCUACUCAUCGCAGGUGAAUAACCUAAACAUGACCCUCCUUAAGUUGAUGGGAAAGGCUCUAAAAAUCGAGGCCGAAGUCAUUGAAGAUUUGUUUGAAGAUGGGAGACAAAUUAUAAAAAUGAAUUAUUAUCCUCCUUGUCCUCAAGCAGAGAAUGUCCUCGGCGCUACACCACACUCAGAUGGUACCGGUUUAACAAUCCUCCUUCAACUCAACGAAGUGGAAGGUUUACAAGUUAAAAAAGACAAUAUGUGGGUUCCCGUUCAGCCUUUACCUGAGGCUUUUGUAGUGAACAUGGGAGACCUUUUGGAGAUUAUGACUAAUGGAAUUUAUCCUAGCGUGGAGCACCGAGUAACAGUAAACACGAAAAAGGAGAGGCUCUCAGUUGCAACAUUUCAGAGCCCUAAAAUGACGUCCCAUAUUGGUCCGAUACCUAGCAUGCUCACACCAGAGACACCUGCCUUGUUCAGAAGCGUUAGGUAUGACGAUUAUUUGAGGACAUAUUACAAAAAGAAGCUCUAUGGAAAAUCAUACCUUGACUACAUGAAGAUAGGAGGUGAUAAAGACGAUAAGGAUGCAUGAUUUCUUGCACAGAUGUACACAGAAAGAAAUAUGUUGCUUUGCUGCAGUAAAAUGGUCAUAUCAAGCUUUCUGUUGUAAGAAAUUAUUUUAUAGAUAGGUGCCACUCCGGCGUGUAUGGGUAUAACUCUUAUCUCUGAAUAAUUGGUGUUUUAUUGAAUAAGUACUAUUUUUGCAGUUGUGUUGUGUGUUGGAAUUUUCUGUACUGAAUAAGAAUAUGCGUGAAUCACUUUGCUG